AUGGACGACCUAGAGAAGAUGUCAGACUCGGCUGACCCGCCUGUUGGAGAUGUGGACGUGGAAAAGAAUUGUGAAAAGAGCAACGAGGGGCACAACGUCACGAAUCCUCUAAACCUACCAAAAUGGCACAAACAACUCGUCGUAGGCAUCAUUGUCCUGUACGCAAUAUCCGGUCUAUGCCUCAUCUCCGCAUUAUCUGCACUCAUCGUAUUCAUCAUGCCCGACUACCAACGUGAUGGAAUCACGCCGGAUCAGAUCUCAAAUCUCUUCACGUUUCCAAAUCUCUUCCUUCCAUGGUCUCGGAAACCUCCCGCUGUCCUCUGCGCAACGAACCGCAAUUACUACUGGCAUCUAGGUGGGCGCAUGGUCGCAGCGUUUGCUGCAGCUCAGUGUCAGGCUUUGGCUCUGCUUAUCAUGCAGGUACGACCUCUUUGGAUAUUGAGUCUCGUCGGGCACGCGUCUUCCAGAUAUACGCCUCCGCCGAAGUCCUUUUCAACUCCAGUCUUAUCGUGGUACUGGCUCUUCGCAGGCCUCUCGGGCCUAGCCAUGAUCCUCACCUUCUUCUUCGUCCCCGAAACCGCCUACGACCGCCUCAUCGAGGCAUUCAUGGGAAGCCACCCUACCGACAGGAGCAACCUCUUACCAGCAGCAGUACAGACCACCGGCCCCGACACCAUCACCAGAAGCCGCUCUCCCGGACCAAAGUACGCAACAGUAGAUGAGAGGCCCGCCGCCGACCUAGACCACUACAAAGACCGCACUUUUACUUCAAACCUGCAAAUCUUCGUAUACAAACCCACCUGGUCCCGCUGCUGGCUCUGCCUAAAACAAAUCGGCCAAGUCUUUCUCUUCCCGCACGUCCUCUGGGUCGCCGUGAACAACGGCCUCUUCCAAGGCAUCGACGUCUCGAUCCAAAUGACGUACGCAGAAGUCCUCCUGGGCCAAGUCUUCAUCGCGCUGCUCUGCGUGCCGCUCAUCGGCUGGCUGAGCGACUACGUCAUCCGCUCCUCCGCGCGUCGCAACCACGGCGUCCACGAGCCGGAGAAGCGACUCAUCGCGUGGAUCCUCCCCAUGGUGACGGCUUUGAUCCUGACGGUCCUGUACGGGUACGUGCUGAAGAACCCGGAGCGCACGGUCGGGACGGCGUAUCUCAUCGACAGCCACCCGAGCUUCGCGGGCGCGAUUCUCGUUGCGCUGCCGGUGACGCGUGGGUUAGUAGGCUUUGGGCUUAGCAAGCAUACGACGACGUAUAUUGCCAACAUUGGGCCUGUCAAAACGUUUGUGAGAAGACUGUGUGCUCAGAUGACGCAGUGA